CAUGGCAACUGAGCGAGGCUGAGAGAGAGAAGAGUCGGAGUGAAGAGCAACACAACGAGAUCAGUCAGCAGCUUCAGGAACAGCUCCAGGCGGUGAGCGGUACUUGUCUUUUAAUAGAUUGAAAUGUCUCCGCUCUGUCAUCUUAGUUUGCACCUGACAAGUUCUCAUUUUUUACAUUUUUAAAAAAUUAUUUUUGUAGCUUUUUGUGUAAUUCAGAUUUGCAUUUCAUAGUGGAAUUGCAAACGAUCAUGAUCAUGAUGAUCAUGAUGAUUUCAAUGUCACAAUAAAUGAUCCUGUCAUGAUACACAUUACUAUGAGUAGAGAGUCCAGUUGAAACAAUAAUCAGUGAUGUCAGUGCUUACACAGUAACAUGGUGUGGUUUUCCCCUUUCUUUUCCCUAAUUGUUUCAUUUUUUUUUUUUCUGUUCCUGGUUAAAAGUUAAUUUGAUGUAAUAUUGUAAUGUUUCUUGAAACAGUUGACAAGAGUUAUGCUCAACAAAUCUAAAUAUGCAUACAGCAGUACAUCAUCAUCGUUACUGUGACAGUGUAGUAUAAUUUUCCCAUAUCACCCACGUUUAGUGACCAUGUGACACAUAUCAGUAGGAAUCAGCAUUAUGACCGAACACCAGUCAGGAUUUCUGCUCGUAAAGGCUUUAAAAGUAGGAAUGCUGAUCUACCAAGUGAUUCAUCUCCUCUUUAAGCCCCUUGUUCUAAAUAUCAAUCCAAGGAAGAUGUAGAUCAUGCUGACUCAAAAUCAACUGCCCAAUCAUGGCGCUAAAAAUAGGAAUGACAGAAUGCCCUGCCUGAGUCACUUUUUUUGCCCUGAGGACACACAGAGCAACAACACUACAGCGUCACUCCCAGCUGUGGUUUGUGAAUUAAAGAUGUAGCACAUAAAAGAUAAGGAGUGGCAUUAUUCACCACUGAAACUACUGGACUACUUUUUGUUAAAAGCACAAAGGUAGAUAUCCCUUAUAUCUAAUAAGAAUAAGAUGAAAGCUCACGUUCAGUGCUCUAAGAAGCACAUCAUCGUACAGAUAUAUGGAAUAAAAGUCUGUACUUGUACUGCAGGAGCAAAAAAACAUUGCUUUGUGUAUUUAAUGUCAGCAACACCGCUCCUCUUCUUCCUGCUUCCUUCCUGAGUACGAGAUCAUUAGUGAAGUAUGUGGAGCUCAGACAGUGAAAACAACAUUUAAAUGACGGUGAAUAUCAAAUAGUUUCAUGAUCUUCUUGAAAUUUCACUUUGGAAAGGAGAAUAAGUGAUUCGAAAAGUGCAAUCACACACUAUUCUAAUCUAAUCUCCAAGAAAUCCGCUUCUGUCAAGAUCAGACCUGGGACAAUACGUCAGUACAUAUUGCUGGUGUUUGAAAACUCCUUGCACGAGCUCAUGAGGACAUCUUAUCGGUUUGAUUUGAGUAAUCAGAACGGCUCUGGGGAUGAUAAAACAGCAAGACGAAAGCCAGGCCUUGUUUUUCCACUCCCUGCAGAUUUGCUUUGUUGCAGUGUCACACAUUCACACACGUUUCCUGGUGUAAUUCCUAACUCGGGCUGUACAGCGGGUUCUUGCCAGAAAUCAAAGUUCAAGGAAACUACUGCGUUUACAAGAAUCUUCCCAUCUCUCGAGUCUCAGGGAGGAGGAAAUGGCUCAUUCGCAUUUUGCCUUCACCAUGAAUGAGUCGCAGAUUUUGAGCAGUGUAAAUGAACAGUUAGAGAGCAGCCUGACACAUGGCUAUAAUAUAACCAAACUGAGCAGCAGGAUAGAGCCUUUACCGGAUGUAGUGAAUGGUGGCUCCAUCAUUUCCAAGGUGCCUGAGAAGGCUAUGGAGGUGAAACUGGCCAUCACGGCUGAGCUGCAGAGCCUGAAGCAGGAGCUGGGGGAGAAGGGCCACCCAAGUCCACAAGAUGAGGAACUGCUCAGUGCCCUUAAAGAACAAGUUACAAGACUGAUGCAGCGGGAGCAGUCCCUGGAACAGCGGUUGGAGACAGUGUGCAAGGAGAACGCCGAGCUGAGAGACAGUGUGUCCUCGUUAUACGCACAACUGGCCUUGCAUGAGCAAGAGAGUAAUACGCAAACACAACAGCUGGCAGAGGCCUGGCAGGAGGUGGAGCUAGCGAAAGACAGAGUUCAAGAUCUACAGUCUCAGAUAGAGGAACUACAGGAAGAGGUUUCCCUCCAGAGGACCACUGAUGGGGACACAUCCCUGCUUUCAGAGAUGGAGCAUAGUUUAGACUCCAUGAACUGGAUCCAAGACAAGAAGCAGGUUAUACAAGAAGUGAGCUCCAUCUUAGACAUGCUGCUUCCUGUUUCCUAUGGCUCUGAGGCUCCAUGUAAUCAAGAAGAUAGCCUGCAAGGCAGGCUGGGGCAGCUUAAGAGUGUGGCAGAAAGGAUUGUGCACAAUGAGACACUUCAGGAGCUGAACAGACCCAUUGUGGGAGGAGACAUGGCUCUGUGCGAGAAUACAGCCUGGAUACAGGAGCUGCGAGAUCAGAAUGCACAGCUAUUAAAAGAGAACGCUGAACUCAGGCUCAAAGCUGACAGCAGGCUGGACGGAGAGAUCAUUCAAAGAGCUAUAAAGGACAGAGAUGACGCCAUUUCAAAGAAAACGGCAGUGGAGGCAGAACUCGUGCGGAGCAGAAAUGACAUGAUGUAUCUGAACAACCAGCUGCUGGAGGCCAUCCAGCGUAAACUAGAGCUGUCUCAGGAACUGGAGGCCUGGCAGGAUGACAUCCAGGUCAUCAUUAACCAGCAGCUGAAGAGCCAGACAGAGCAGCAGAUGCAGUCAAAGCGGUCUGGAGGCAACCGUCUCUCUUUUUUCCGCAAACCACUGAAAGCAUCCACUUCUGUGUCCUGCAUACCGGAGACCACGACAGUGCCCAACCGUUCGCCCUGGAGAAACUGGCUCAAAGUGGCCAAAUAAACAACACUAACAGACAGCACAGGAAAUGAGCGCGCACACUGCUGUAUGCAGUGCAUCUGGAGUUUACCAGCACCAGAAUAUCAAAUAUGUGACUCUGCAGGCUGUGCAUUUUUAGCUCUCAGGUAAGAGUAAAGCAAGCAUUGAGACAGUCACUGUAUGAAUCCGCUCUUACAACACUACUAUAUAAUAUCUUCUUCCUGGACAAAGGUGGAUCACUUUAACCUAAUUUUGACCUGAAAUCAAGUGCAUGGUUAUUUAAAACCACACCCGACACUGAUGUGUGGUAUU